AUGGUCAAGAUUGGUACACACAGCGGCACGUUCCAUGCCGAUGAAGCUUUAGCAGUUUAUAUGCUUAAGCUUUUACCCAAGUUCAAGGAUGCCGAAGUAGUGCGCAGCCGAAACAAUGCCAUUCUUGAUGAGUGUGAUAUUGUUGUUGAUGUUGGCGGAAAAUACGAGCCACCAAAGUACUUUGACCACCACCAGCGGGAAUUCACUACCACUUUCUCCGAGGAGCAUAAGACGACCAAACUGAGUUCUGCUGGUUUGGUUUACAAGCACUUUGGCCGCGAUGUCGUUGCCAAGGUCCUCGAGACUACUGCAGAUAGUAACGUUGUGAAUGCCAUCUACAAUCGUGUUUACGAUAGUUUUAUCGAGCCUGUUGAUGCUUAUGAUAACGGUGUUAAUCCGCACGAUGAGCAAGCGCGUUUCAAUACCUACUCGACGACUCUUCGUGCCGUCGUUGGCAACAUGCAGCCUCUAUGGACUGAAGACGAAAGCGAUGCGGUGUAUGACGCUCAAUUCAAGAAGGCUUCAGAUUUGAUGGGCAUGGCAUUCGAGCUGGAAGUUCGGAAUCAGGGUCUUAGUUGGUACCCAGCUCGUGAUCUGGUCAAGAAGGCCUUCGAGGAGCGAACCAAGUAUGACCCGGAGGGACGCCUACUUGUUUUCGAGAACUAUGUUCCUUGGAAUAGCCAUGUCCACACACUUGAGCAAGAGCUUGGCGGUAAGAUCAUUUACGUGGUCUACAAGACUGGCGACUCUGUUCGUGUCCAGGCCGUGCCAGUUUUCAAGGGCUCGUUCGAGUCUCGCAAACCUCUUCCGUCUCCUUGGCGAGGACUCCGUGAUGAUACUCUCUCUGAGGCUUCAGGUAUCCCAGGUGGUGUUUUCGUUCAUGCUUCUGGCUUCAUCGGUGGCAACAAGACUAUGGAAGGUGCACUUGACCUUGCUCGCAAGGGUCUGGAGUUUGAAGAGUAA